CGGUGAUGCACUGAUGGGAAGGGUCAGCUCAUGUGCAUCAGAUCUCAUCUAAAAGACGUUUCUAAAGGCAUCAGAUCAUGCUUAAAAAAGCAUCAGAUCUUAUCCAAGUGUGGAGCUCUGUCUUCUUCUACAUGGCAGAAUAGCAGCUGUUCCAGGGACCAGGGAGGAAGGCGGUGUAGCACUCGGAACAAUCAAACACCCAGCCCCAGCGGCCAAGUGAAGAGCAGAGCAGCAAUUUCUAGGCUGAGCUGAGAGGUCUGGGACGACUGAGAAAGGAGGAUGGGCUUCUUCUUCUUCGCCUCCCGUGCUGCUGCCAGGUUCUUGGAGGAGAUCAGGCACCCCGCCGGUGUCUCCACCGCAGCGCUUCUUCUCACAGCAGCCAGUGGUGGAGGUAUUGUGGCCUAUGCUGAUUCCUCCAGGGCAGAAGAGGCUUCGGAGCCAUCAGAGCAGGUUGCCCCCAGGAAGAAGAAGGUGGUGGUUCUUGGCACUGGCUGGGCUGGCACCUCUUUCCUCAAGAACCUGGACUGCUCCCGUUAUGACGUGAAGGUCAUAUCCCCUCGCAACUACUUUGCGUUUACACCUCUGCUUCCAAGCGUCACGUGUGGGACAGUGGAGGCACGCAGCAUCGUUGAACCGAUACGGAGGAUGUUUGAGAAGAAAAAGAAAGAUGUUACAUAUUAUGAGGCUGAGUGUUUCAAGAUCGAUGCCACGAAGAAGGCUGUACACUGCCGUUCUGCUGUUGGAACUAACUUGGAUGGGAAUGGUGAUUUCUUGGUUGAUUAUGAUUACUUAGUUGUUGCUCUUGGAGCUACUGUUAAUACAUUCAACACUCCUGGUGUGAUGGAGCAUUGCUACUUUCUGAAGGAAGUGGAGGAUGCUCAGAAAAUUCGGAGGAGUGUGGUAGACUGCUUUGAAAAGGCUUCACUUCCGAACAUUAGCGAAGAGGAGAAAAGGAAGAUCCUUCAUUUUGUGAUUAUUGGUGGUGGACCUACUGGGGUUGAAUUUGCUGCUGAAUUGCACGAUUUUCUUGUCGAAGAUCUGGUGAAGAUUUAUCCUGCAAUUCAAGAAUUUGUGAAGAUAACAAUUAUUCAAUCAGGAGAACAUAUAUUGAAUAUGUUUGACCAAAGGAUAGCUGAAUUUGCUGAAACGAAGUUCCUGAGAGAUGGGAUCGAGGUGUGUACAGGAUUCAGAGUGGUGAACGUCUCUGAUGAUUUGAUUACAAUGAAGAGCAAAUCAGCUGGCAGUGAAAUAUCGGUGCCAUAUGGUAUGGCUGUUUGGUCUGCUGGUAUUGGUACCCGUCCUGUCACUGUGGACUUCAUGCAUCAAAUUGGUCAGGCUAAACGACGUUCCUUGGAAACUAACGAAUGGUUGAGAGUCCGUGAGUGUGAUAGUGUAUAUGCAAUUGGUGACUGUGCUUCAAUUAGUCAAAGGAAAAUAAUGGAGGACAUUUCAACAAUAUUUAAAAUAGCAGACAAGGACAACUCUGGCACUUUGACACUGAAAGAAAUAUAUGAUAUUCUAGAAGAUAUUUGUAUAAGAUACCCUCAAGUAGAGCUCUAUAUGAAAAGUAUGCACAUGCUUGAUAUUGCACAGCUGAUAGAAAGUGCCAUAGGUGAUUCCCACAAGGAGUCGAUGGUGGUUGACAUAGAAGAGUUCAAAAAAGCUCUGGGCCACGUGGACUCCCAAGUUAAAAGUGUUCCAGCAACGGCUCAGGUUGCUGCGCAACAAGGAUACUAUCUUGCUGACUGUUUUAACAAAAUGGAUUACUGCAAAGAUCAUCCAGAAGGUCCAUUGCGCAUGACAGGGUCAGCAGCAGGGCAUCACAAUUUCCGCCCAUUCCGAUACAAGCAUCUCGGGCAAUUCGCACCCUUGGGCGGCGAGCAAGCUGCAGCUGAGCUCCCAGGUGACUGGGUUUCCAUGGGCCACAGCACCCAGUGGCUCUGGUACUCCGUAUAUGCAAGCAAGCAAGUGAGCUGGCGCACAAGGGUGCUGGUCGUAUCCGACUGGACUCGCAGAUUCAUAUUUGGGAGGGACUCGAGUCGGAUCUAGCGCGGGAACACUCCCAACAAAACCUUUCUGUGGGCAGGGGAAUUGAUGGUACUUGAUUGUGCUCAACUUUGAGCAAGCAAAGCUGUCUCUUGUUCCUUUCCUGUCCUGCCAACGAAGCUAUCAUCCUUCCCUGCAUGUGACUGUGCAGUUUCUUUUGCUCCUGCUGGCUGCUACAUGGUUCCCUGGAUGUGAGUGAUUGUGGAGCUGAAGCAUAUCUGACACAAUGAAGGUGUCACUUGACAGCCUUGGUUUGUGCGAAUUUCAGGCGAACUUGAGGCCAAGAAAAAUGUUUCUGGUAAAUGCACACGAAAUUCAUGUAAAUUUAGAAUGCAUAUGAAAAUUAAAUGUGCAUGUCCCUACUUAUUUUCUUACUCCCUCCCGUCUCAUAUUAAGUGUCUCAAAUUUUCCCAAACAUGGGGGUAUCUAUAGCUAAAAAACGUCCAGAUACAUGUAAUAUUUUGAACCUUAAUAUGGGACGGAGGGAGUACAUGUUUAUUUACUUACUACCACCCAAACCAUUGCUAUCUUUUGGGAGUAAUCAUUUCAAACAAUCUAGAUUCUUUUCUC